AUGACCACGAGAUGCGCCUACAUGUUGUAUCACUUCGGACAUGCGGAAACUCGAAAAGGUCCUUUCAAGCGCCUUAGAGGGAUUGACUUUCCCACCAAAUAUGACGGAAAGAGGCAUUCUGAUAUGAAAUAUCUGUCGAAACGCAUCAAGGAAGAGGCUGAAGCUCUUGACAUCUACAAGGCUGAUCCCAAUCGCAUUGAGGCAGGUUUCAUGUUUGAUCAAUGCGAAAAUUAUCUUUUCGAGGAAUAUGAGAAGGUGACUAAGACAGAGACGAAUGGUGACAUGUCAAGAUUUUCGCAGCUGUGUUGGAUGACAGUAGUACGUGUGCUGAGAGGCAACAAGAAACGCCGGAAGGCUGUGAGAUCCGAGACCUAA